AUGAGCGGAGGUCCCAUGCACGUGCUACAGGCCUUGGCAAACUUGGAGGUGCUCCGCACGGAGCUCAAGUCCGGCAUGCCUGUAGAGUUCUGGCAUGCUUUCGAACUAGAACCUGCUCACUGCGAAGCCUUGGCCUCGCGCGGCGCCGAAUGUCGCCAGCUUCAGGUGCCGGGGGUUUACCGCCAGUUUGAGACCGUUCUGCCGUCCAUUAUGGCAUCCUCCUUCCGGGAAAUCUUGUGGCUUGAUACCGACAUCACGCUGCUGUACAGACCAGAGGAGCUCUUCGAUUCACCUCAGUAUCAGAGUACUGGCGCGCUGUUCUGGCCAGACCACUGGUCCUACGACUGCCCACUGUGGGGAGAAAGCUCGUGGCCGGGUCAUGUGGCUUUGAAGCUGCUGCAAUUGAAGCACAACGCCUCGGACAUGCAGUAUGCGCAGGAGCACGAGACCGGCCACUUCCUUAUCAAUCGGGAAAGACACUGGAAGCCUAUUUGCUUGGCCAACUACAUGGCAUCACGGGACUUUUUCACUCGCGUCCUCCACGGAUACAAGGAUGUCUUCCGCCUGGCUUUUCUCAAGCUGAAUGCAUCAAACUGGCUCAGCCCCGUGCGACCCGGCCUUGUUGGAGGCUUUUUGAACAAUGGGCUUUUCUUCCCGCAAGCCUUGAUGCAGUUUUGGCCAGCCGGAGAUAUGUUUGGAACAGGUCCGCAUGGACGAAACAUUCCCCUUUACAUUCACCAGAAGAAGGAACCUGGGAACCUGUGGAUGGAUGUUCUGACCUUUGACACGCCGCUGGGAACCUGCAGCUCCUACACGAUGCUACCCUUUGAUGCGCUCAAGCCCGGCGACUGGAAUCUGUGGCUUGUAGGCGACACAGACGUCCAGCUCGCAGAAAGGAUCACUACUGCAGAUCUGCUGUGGGACGUUGCCUACAAAGAAGCCCGUGAUAGCUUGCUGCCUCUACUGUCAGAAGAAGACCAAGCAAAGCUGCUCCCGAAGAAAAGCGCUUCAGCUAACGCCGACUGGCAUCGCAAUGUCGAAGGAUGCCGCUGCAACUACGAUGACAACCUCGUUUUGUUGGUGCUGACAGUCCUUUCGGUUGAUACAGAAAGGCGGUUCGAGAUUUUCCCCACAGCACUGUGCGAUCCGAUUCUGCUGGGAUUUGACUGGGAGUCGUGCCCAAUUGGCUUCACGGCGCUGGCGGUCCUCUGCUCACAGCACCUGAUGCACGAGGAUACAGACAAAGCGGCAGUGGCGAAAGAAGCACUUAUCAAGCUGGUGCCUUCAGUAGAACAAUGCCUGGCAAAGACGGCGUGGCCGCUGAAGCUCGAGGACUUGCAGCAGUUUGUGAAUGGCACUGCCAGCAGCUACCCUGGAGACUUCAAGCUGCAGCCAGAGAAGGUGGCAAUGCUUGGGGCAUCGGUCCAACGUUGCCUUCCGCUGAGCAUGAGCUGCUGGACUCCAAGAAAUCGGUGGCAAGAGCGUGACCAUCGACAGCAAUUCGUGAUCAAGGAUAUGGAGUUUCACGCUUGCCCAUGCCUGAGAACCGCGUUUGACCUGGAGGGAGGGGUCAUGCAAGUCCUCGUCUUUUCCUUGGCGAUUGGCGCCAACAUCUCCGACGUCAACGCAACGGAUCCCAGUUACCAUGGCAUCAUCAUUGAUGCUGGUUCCAGUGGCUCUAGGGCCUGGGUAUUCGCCUGGCCGGCGCAGAAAUGCGACUUUAAUGCGCCGUUUCCUGUCACCAUACCUUCUGUCGUCGCCUCCCAAACGGUCCAUCGUGGGUUGGCAACGCUGGGCACGACCAAGCUCAAUGAAACGCUGCAAGAGUUGUUGAGCUUCGCGGAAGGUGUUCUGAAAGAUCGGGAGGACGACUGGCCCGAAUUCCCUGUGUACCUUCUUGCCACUGCUGGCUUUCGGCGGAUGCGGCCCGAUCAGCGCGAAGGAAUGCUGCAGACCGUCAGGGCGAUCCUCUCAGAGAGCUCCUUCCAUUCGGAGCCUGAUUUCGUGAGGAUACUUAGCGGAGAAGAGGAAGGGGCGUUUGGCUGGCUGGCUGUGAAUGCUGAGAAGGGACUCCUAGAGGAUGCAAGCAAAAAAUCGUUGGGCGUCCUCGACCUCGGCGGGGCGUCCAUGCAGAUAACGUUCGUGCCAGAGGACGACAGGUCAGUGCUACAGCACUCCUUCCCAGUGCAUCUGCAGGGGCGACAGAGCUACCUGUACUCUGCCUCCUACCUUCAGUUUGGAUUGCGGGAAGCACAGCGACUGCUACAGCGGCAGCUCAUCGCGCGAGCAUUGGUGGCUGAGACAACCUCGAUCCUGGAGCACCCGUGUAUGCCAAGGGGAAGCAACAUUUCCGAGCUGCUGAUUGGCGAAGAGCCGGAAGAGCACGGCAAUCUCAGCAGCAACAGCUCUGAGCAUGGUGCUUCCCCGCUGCGAGCGACAUGGUACGGCAAGGGACUCUACGAAGACUGCGCAGAGAAAAUCGCAGAGCUGUUCGACAAGAAUGCUCCAUGCUAUUUGCCACAUUGCACCUUCAAUGGCCGAUACCAGCCGACUUUAGGCAGCCGGCGCUUCUUGGCCUUCUCGGCCUUUAGCUGGGUUGUGGAAGCUUUGGGCCUCCCGGCUGAAGCCACGGCCUUGGAGGACAUCGAGACUGCGGCCAGGUACGUUUGCAAGAUGGACUGGGCUAUGCUGCAUGAACGGUGGCAACGCCUCGAUGAACAGGCCUUGCAAUCCUUCUGCUUUUCUGCAACGUAUGUGGUAGUGCUGCUGCAUCAUGGCCUGGGCUUUGACAAGAAGAGUCACCAGAUUCUCUUCACUGGGGCGCAGGAUCGAGGCAACAUCAGCUGGGCACGGGGAGCCAUCAUCUGGGAGGUCAACAACCGCUUUAGCCAUCAUCAGCCACUUUGCAAGAGGGACUUUCCGGAGAUCACAAGCUUUGCUGACAAAGGCAUGUGUGCAGCAGGCGCGCGAGCUGUGGCAGCCAUGGCCGCCAUGCAAAAGGGCGCCGCGCCAAAGCGUCGCGCUGCCCAUCGUCGAGCCGCGCGAAUUCAGGACACAGGUGACACUGGCAAAGCCCAUGCCAGCCACAGCCAGGAGAGUGAAAACCAAGAAGUGAACCAGCCAAAGCAGCCAGAUGAGAGGAAAGAUCGAAGCCAAAGUUGUGGGAGGUCUUCCGGCAAGAAGCGGGUCGCUUCUCGGUCGCCAAGCCAACGCAGCAAAACCGAAGAGGUUAGCAGCCACAGCCGCAAGAGUCGCAAAAGCGACACUUCUCCCAAAAAAGAAGAUUCGAACGACGAGGCGGAGGAAGAAGCUAGCAAGGCAUCCAGAAAGAAGCGCAAAAAAGAUAAAAAGAGACACAAGUCUUCAACCAAAGCAGCCAAGAAGCCACCAGCUGGUUUUUCAGGUUGGUGGCAGCAGCAAGUUUUGCUUCAGCAGCAGUGGGCUGCCUACUUUGCGAAACAGCGCGGGCUGCACACGCAGCAGGCACCCAAUGCAGUGCCAAAUGGCGCAUAUGGGGCACCGUCCACAGGACGGCCUGCAGCCCCUGCGCCACCACCACCACCACCGCCAGCUGCAACACCCCCAUCUACAACGGUCCCAGCAGUUCCAGAGCCUGCCUCACCCGAACGCCGCUCGCGUAGCCGCAGCUGCAGCGUGGAAGCGGAGCAGAUGGCAGUGGAGGACCCCUACCUCGUCUUUGAUGAAACGGAGCCAGAUGCAGAGCCGGACACCCCCGCUCCAGCACCCACCGCUCACACUGAAGGUCUCACUGCGUCCACAGCUUCCCCAGCACCUGCACCUGCGACACUUUCACCUCCAAUUCCCCCCCCACCGCCGCCUCCAGCUCCACCACCGCCAAACUCCAUUUUCGACACAGCAAUGCAAUCAGAGAUGGAAGCCGUGCGCCGGGCAAGAGCCCUGAAGCGACACGACCGGGAUGCCGACGGCGCCGCGGCACAGGCCAUGGCUAUAGAAGCCGCAGCCGCUGCCAUCGCCAACGGCGGCACGUUUCCUGCGACAGGCUUUCCAGCUCCCAUGGAGAGCCACUUUCAAUCUGUGGUUGAGCCUCAGGCCUUCACCAUGAUACCACCUGCGCCAUCAGCCGCAGCACCAGAACGACGGAUCCCACCCCUGCCUCAAAUCCUGCAGCCACAGCAGCUCUUGCCACCUUCACCCAACGUCGACAGGAGCGAAGCCAGUCGGUUUGCAAAUGCAGACAGUGCUGGUGGCGGUGGUGGUGGUGGCGUUCAUCCCAAAUCCGUAUUUACACAAGGUUUCCAGCAGAUGAUCAACGGGCCGACACCAGCAGUGACACAGCUCCCACCGCCACCUCAGCCUCCACCCCCACCGCAGCCUCCACCUCCACCUCGGCCUCCACAGCUACUUUUCGCACCUCCGGCAUUCCAGGCAGCUACUCACCCCCCGAAUCUGCAAGUAAAGGAACCAACGCUCCCGCCUCCUUCCGUGUUGCGUUUGAGACAAAAGCUGCAGCAGCCACGGCCAAAACAGCAAGCCCAGCCAGAAGAAGCCUGGGGUGCGGAUGAGUGGGAUGGCCAAGAUCACACCCAAGACACCUGGCAAGCUCAACAAACCGAGCCAGCCGAAGCAGACGGGGGUCCACACCAGGACUCAUGGCAAGCACAGCAACUCUCGCCAGAAGAAGAUUACACCCAGGACUCAUGGUACGAGGAGCCAGAAACUCAAGCCCAACCGGAAGAGGACAUGGCUCCGGACCAUGUGGAAGAUCAACAGGACUCUCAGGAGGCAUGGGACGAUCAACUCGCCACAGAGGACCCGAAGGACAAUGCGAAGCCAUGGCAGGAUGAGACCUGGUCAGAAUGGCAAAACGAGGAAUGGCGGGAUAGCUGGCAACGAAGAAAGCAAAAGUGGCGAGACAAGCCCUGGCGAGACAAUCGCGCGUGGUCAGAUGAAGGGCAGUGGCCAGAGCAGCCCGACGAGCAGGAUGCAGGACCUAAGCAGUCUGCGCAAAAUGCCCGCAAAGACAUCGGCAGCCUGGCACUGCGGCUUUACGAGCGCUUGAAGAACGGUGAGGACCUGCGGCCCAGCCAGAGAGAAGCCACAGAGCUUCCAGCAGCAAUCCGAUCUUCCAACUCGAAGCCGAACCUCUGGGUUCAUGCGCCUGUUCCACCCGCGAAAAUGCCCCCGCCUCCGCCACCCUGCAGAGCAUUCCCUGCAGGAGCGGAGGCUCGGGCCACACCUACCGCAAAGUCUAUGCCCCGAAACCACCCAUCAAAAAAUGCCACCGCUCCAGACACAACCCUUGCUCCACGGAAACUCUCACCCUCACCAGACACGACGUUCGAUUUCAUUGAGGCGUCCGUUGUUCCCGAGACACCAGCACCUGCAACCCACUCGUUGCCUCAGAGAGCGAUGCGUGGCAUUGAUACCACCGAGGUCGAGCCCGGCGCUGGGCUCCAGGAAGAGUCAGAGGAGGCGCAUUUCCAGCGAGCAGACCUUGCGGCAAGGUGCUCAGGACCGCACGUAGUACAACUGCGUACUAACACCAGCCCGGCAGUGGCUCGGUGGGAAUGA